GGAGGACGGGGAGGAGUACAUUAUCCCACACGACACUUGUGGUUGAUUACAAUUUAUGCAUAUACAUAUGGUUGGAAAGCCGCCGUCGUCAUCACGUCCCAUCGCUUUUUCUCGGCGGCGUGAAGCCAUAAGAGGCAGCUACACAUGCACGUCAAACCCACACGCUCACGCCACGCACUAAUGCAGUUAAAAUUUUAGAAGCUCUUUGAUGUAUUAGCGCCAAAAUUAAUAUAUAAUAUAUUUACCCCUUUGGAAGUUAAAACUAACCCUAUUGACCAUUCUUCUUCCUUGACCGCCCUGCUUCUUCUUCUUAUUUUUUUGUUUUAUUUUCUUUGGGCACAUAGCCUAUUAUUCCAUUCUUGCAGCAGAAAGGGUAUAAAGAUAGGUCAGGGAUCAAUCAAUGGUUUUAUUUGCAAGAGGGUUGUAUAGGAUAGCCAGGGCGAGUGCGAGAGCUAGUCGGUGUCAAUGGGCUUUUUCCUCCUUGCAGUCGCCGCGAAACCAGCCGACCCAGUUGCUGGAAUCAGCUACGCAUUUUUACUCUCCCAUUGACUCUUCUCAAAAGGUUUUGGGUUGCAGAGCAUUUUAUUCAUGGGUCUCAAAUGCUCUAGCCAAUGUUGGACAUCAAACUCAACGUCAAAGCAGCCCUGCAGCUGAGGAGAAACUUGACCCCUUUUCACUUGUUGCUGAUGAAUUGUCUCUUCUUGCUAACAGACUGAGGUCAAUGGUUGUUGCAGAGGUACCAAAGCUUGCAUCAGCUGCUGAGUACUUUUUCAAGAUAGGGGCAGAAGGAAAGCGAUUUCGACCAACGGUACUCUUAUUAAUGGCAACAGCUAUAGAUGCACCAAUACUGAGACCACUUCCUGAUACAACAGUUGAUACAUUACCCAUGGAACUACGUACAAGGCAGCAGUGUGUAGCGGAGAUCACAGAGAUGAUCCAUGUUGCUAGCCUUCUUCAUGAUGAUGUACUAGAUGAUGCCGACACAAGGAGAGGGGUUGGUUCGCUAAAUUUUGUAAUGGGAAAUAAGUUAGCUGUAUUGGCUGGUGAUUUCCUACUGUCGAGAGCCUGUGUAGCACUUGCCUCAUUGAAAAACACAGAGGUUGUUUCCCUCUUGGCAAGAGUUGUGGAGCAUCUUGUUACAGGUGAAACAAUGCAAAUGACUACUACAUCUGAACAACGUUGUAGCAUGGAGUACUACAUGCAAAAGACCUACUACAAGACAGCGUCACUGAUUUCAAACAGCUGCAAAGCAAUUGCCCUUCUUGCUGGGCAAACUGCAGAAGUUGCAAUGUUGGCUUACGACUAUGGCAAAAACUUGGGUUUGGCAUUUCAAUUGAUUGAUGAUGUUCUUGAUUUCACUGGCACAUCAGCUUCCCUUGGCAAGGGCUCAUUGUCUGACAUUAGCCAUGGAAUAAUUACUGCUCCAAUAUUGUUUGCUAUUGAAGAGUUCCCUGAGCUGCGUUCUAUAGUUGAUAGGGGAUUUGACAAUCCCACGAACGUGGAUCUUGCUCUGGAAUACUUGGGAAAGAGCAAGGGAAUAGAGAGAACAAGGGAGUUAGCAACAAUGCAUGCCAACCUUGCCUCUGCUGCGAUUGAUUCUCUUCCGGAGAGUGAUGAUGAAAAUGUUCUGAAAUCAAGGCGGGCUCUUGUAGAAUUAACUCAAAGAGUAAUUACAAGAACAAAGUAAAAAUGGAGAGUAGAAAAACCAAGAUGAAUUUGAUGGCUGUUCCAGAUUUUUUGUUUUCUUUUCUAUACCAAUGUUCACGUAUCAUGGGAAAGAACACACUAUCAAAUUCAUUUCAUCUGUAUUCGUUCAAUUUUGGCAGUUUGUUAGUUCAAUAAUUAUUCUGAGGAAAUAUUCCUCACUUUGUUGCAAGGAAAUUGUCCUGUUAAGUGUGAAAAAAAGGCAGUCACAUACAGAGUUUCAUUGCAA